AUGAGGAGAGAAAGAAGCCAGAGCCUGAAUCCUUCAUCCCUUACAGGACGAGGAGGUACUAGCGCCCCAGUAUCAGAAGAGGGUGCCGACCCCUUGAAGCCUGUCGCCCCAUCCUCGGGAGCUGCUGCGAAGAACACCCUGGAGGAUAUUGUGACCAAUACAUUCCGCACCUUUGCGCAAGUCAUCAUCCAAGCACGCUCUCAGCGCUUGGGCGGCCACGACCCCGCUCCUUCCUCUUCGCCCCACCACCGUCCCGAUGUCUACUCACCAGAAGCCAGCACCUGGUUGAACUACUACCUGGACUGCUUGUGGGCGGUGGACGAAGACCUCGCGCACUUUUGGCGAGACUGGAAGCGAAACGAGAGACGAAGUGCCAUCGACCUCACUCUCGAUAUCUUUGCCCAGCUGCCCAGUUCGGACCCACCUAGCCGCAGCCGCGGCACCUCACAACAACCACCACCACCACAGCAGCACCAGCAGCAGCUGCGCCGGGACCUGGCAACUAGCCAGCCCUUCCUCUUGGAGCGCUGGGUGCUUUCCUUCAAUGCCAAGCCGAACGGAGAGGCACGACACAACACCAUCAACGUGAAGAAGACGGCGAUGGUGUUGCGGUCCGUCGGGAGCGUAGUCCGCGCCCUGCCGGCUCACAAGCUCGUCCGUCUGCGCCGCAAGCAGCCCACCUCGUUUUCUAUCGACUACGCCCUCUACCCAUCCGCCUGUGCUUCCCUCAUCUCAGUCGAGUAUGCCACCAACCUGCCCUCCUUCAAGUUCCAAGCCCUGAAGAUCGAGCCUUUUGUGAUCAGCGACUACGCGCCCUCCCCCUCUGAGCAGUCUGCUGCUCGCGGUGAACCGUCCACUGUUGGAGCGCCGGGGGUGAGUCCUACGAGGAGGAAGGAGGAGAGCGCAACCUCCUCGCCACGGGGUGCAACGGACAUCUCGGAUCGGUCUGCUCGCGAUCGCAAGUCACUGGAGCGAGCAACGUCGCUGCCCGUGUUCCUGCCCUCUUCGUCGCCCGGCAUGCAGCCACCGAUCACCUCACUGGGGGGCCAUGCCACGCCACCCGUCAUGGCCCCGGCUCUACCGCCUGCAGGCCGGGCUAAUCUUCCUUCUUCAGCUUCUAUUCCCAUCCGCGGCGCUGGCGCCUCAGGCCAGCCAAGAGGGGGUAGGGGCGGGGGAGACGACGACCACCUCGAUAUCGGGGCGCUCGCGAUGCUCGGCACAAGCACCAGCCCGCCCAAGAUGAUGAGCCCCCCUGUCUUCUCCGGUGGCGGUCUCGUAAGCCCCAGCACGAGCGCCGGUGGUGGUGGUGGUGGUGGUCUGUCGACCCGGGGGACUGCCGCGGUUGGCAGCGCGGGAAAGGGCAACGCCAACUUUUUCAACUUCUCCACGCCUCCAUUCACACGGGACUUCUUUCUGCAGCAGCAGCAGCAGCAGCAGCACUUUCCACGCUCCUCUCCCGGCUUCCCCUUCGUCGAGGACAGCGGUUCGUCCCCGUGGGAGGGCGCGGGAUCGUCGGCGUCGCGUUCGCUGGAGACGUCGGGAAGCUACAGCGAGUCGAUAUUCCCCACUCUUUUGCCACCGUCGUCCUCAGCAGAAGAUGUUGGAGAGAUACCCGGCCUCCUCUACACCAAGCUGCCCGCCUCCCAGCCCGCCUUUUCCGUCGCCACGCAAGAAAUUGAGGUGAGCUCCUUCCUGGAGUCGUGUGCGCACCCGCCAGACCUGAAGAUGUUCUCUCAGUCCAAGAAUAUGGCACAGGGAACGGAAGACCUGGAGACGCUCAGCCGCUCACUCCGUCGCUUGAGUAUCGACCUGGGCGACGCGCGAAAGCGGGCUCCCGGCAACAAGCAGUCGUCUCGCGAGACCACCGAGGACGAUCCCCUCUUUUUCGACAUGUGA